GGUGGUACUCAUACACACUCAGUGAGUGAGUGAUAUUAACAAGAAGAACAAGAACCAAUUAGUGUAGAGUCGAAAGACAACGGUAUAUUCUCGAAGUAAUUCUGUAUUGCACACCAGUUAAUUUGUUGCGCAUAUGAAUGAAAUAGUCAAGCGAUGAGCUCGUGCUGACUGUGUUAGGUGUGUGUUCAGUGCGUCUUUCAUUUCACGCGGCACAGCAAAAGAUGUGCAGGACCAGGGAUAUCCUUCUACUAUUCGCUUUUUUAGGGGUGCAAGCUCAAGAUGACUCCCUGGCCGGCAGCUUCCUCUCAGGACUUCUGGACACAAUUACUAGCACUGCCGAUUCAAAAGACUGCCCUGGUGUAUGUGUCCACGCCUUAGCAACGAUAAUCUGUUACGAUGUAUUAGAAGAUGUACCUUGCCCUUCAUCAUCGAUGAAAUGCUGUGUUGAACCGCCAGCACCUAACACCACCAAUGUCUCACCAUCCGAAGACGAAACGAUACCAGAAACAACGACUCUUAAAGCAACAACCAUCCCUACGACAAUAUCUAGCACAACAAUGCCACCGACAACUACCUCAAAUCAGAUGGCAGCUGAAAAACAGUCUAACUCUACACAGAUCCACGAGCAAGAUUAUGCUUGUAAUAGCAGCCAGUAUAAAGGGGUGUGUGUUGCCGAAAAAAUAGCCAACUACUGUGAAGCAAUCCUGAACACCGAGGAUUUGUGCAAACCAGGUUUAAAGUGUUGUGUUUCAAGUGUGACAUUCGAUGGUAAAAUUCCUCCGAAUUCAAUUUACCCAAAUAAAACGAAAUCGAACUACACCAAAAUCGAAACAAGGACAACUCCCAAACCUACAUAUACAACAACUCACGUUCAAAAAACUACUACAACAGUGGCGACCACGGUUAGACCGCAGAUUUUAAAAGAGUGUAGUGGAGAAUGUGUUAGUGGAAUAUUAGGUUUGUUUUGUGAUGACAUUGACUCAGAAGCAGACUGUCCAAAUCAAGGAAGUUGCUGCAUAACGGCUUCAGAUUCCAGUGAAGAACCAACCCCUAAACCUCGUCCGACUACAACUCCUGAACCAGCUAAAAGAGACCCAGGUCCAGUAUGUCCUGGCUUCUGUUUACUGAACAUCAUGGCAGCAUUUUGCGAAAGGCCAUCUGUGCUGAUACCACACACGUCAAACUGCAAAAGAGGUUCAGUUUGUUGCGACAAUACGAGAUCUGUGACUUCUGCACCAAAGCCAAGACCUAAACCUCAUUAUCCAGUAACUAGUACUAGUACAACAGUUGAUCCUCGAUUGGAAUGUCCUGGAUCUUGCAUUGUGUCAUAUCUGAGCUUCACAUGUUUCACAACUGAAUUUACCAAAUUGAUCUCAACCACAUCACGGACACCUGUUUAUAGUAAAUAUGUAUGUGGUGUAAAAGGCACUGCUAGGACUGGGCGAGUGGUGGGAGGGGAAGAUGGAGAACAGGCUGAAUGGUGUUGGCAGGUUGCUCUAAUUAAUUCUUUGAAUCAGUACCUGUGUGGUGCUGCCCUCAUUGGAACACAGUGGGUUUUAACAGCUGCUCAUUGUGUAACAAACAUUGUACGUUCUGGUGAUGCCAUUUAUGUUCGAGUAGGAGAUCACGACUUGACAAGAAAAUAUGGUAGUCCAGGUGCUCAAACCCUUAGAGUGACAACAACUUAUAUUCAUCACAAUCACAAUAGUCAAACUCUUGACAAUGACAUAGCUCUCUUAAAACUGCAAGGACAGGCUGAAUUGAAAGAAGGUGUUUGUCUUGUUUGUUUACCAGCUAGAGGUGUCAGUCAUGCUGCCGGAAAAAGAUGCACUGUUACUGGAUAUGGGUAUAUGGGUGAAGCGGGACCAAUCCCAUUGAGAGUUCGAGAGGCUGAAAUUCCGAUUGUUAGCGAUGCAGAAUGUAUUCGAAAAGUGAAUGCUGUUACUGAAAAAAUAUUCAUUCUUCCUGCAAGCAGUUUCUGUGCUGGUGGAGAAGAAGGAAAUGAUGCUUGCCAAGGAGAUGGAGGUGGCCCAUUAGUUUGUCAAGAUGAUGGCUUUUAUGAGUUGGCAGGGCUUGUUUCAUGGGGAUUUGGUUGUGGUAGAUUAGAUGUACCAGGUGUUUAUGUUAAGGUUUCUUCGUUUAUUGGUUGGAUUAAUCAAAUUAUUAGCGUUAAUAAUGUAUAAUUUUUAUUCAUAGGAAACAAGCCAAAAAUGCAUAAACUUAUAUUUAUUUAUUUAUUUGGAGAAGUCACUUGUAAGCUUAUAAUUUCAGUUCACCAAACAUUAGUUGUAAUGAAAUGAUGGCAGCAUAGGUUUUCAAAGAGGAAAACUGAGAGUGUCAAUGGAAUUAAAAAUAUGUUCUCAGUGAAACCUAUAUGAUAGAGAUGUCAGAGUAAAAUGACUUCCCUUCUAAUAAAACAACAAAAAUGUAUAUCCACCUAACAUACAGUUCUGCAAGAUUCAAUUUGUAAUCCUAUGAACUCGACAAAUUAACGGAAUUUUUUUACUCAAUUUUAAUAAUUCCGUGUAUUUAUUGCAACCAAAUUGAAAUUAUCGGGUGAUCUAAAGUAAUGGCUCAUGUAGUUGUCAAGCAAAAUAUGCUUUGUCUCUUGUUUGGAGAAUGUAUUUUUAUUAACAUGUGAAAUUAAUGCAGUUUAGAAAUAUCAAAGAAUAUCAAAUUUAUUGAAUGUAUUGGUUGUUGUUAAUUUUGUAUCUCAUUAUAAAAGUAUUGAAAGUUUUGCAAAAAUAUGUUUUUCUAUAGGAAUCAUAUGAAAUCUGUUGUAAAACUGAGGCUUGUGGCAUAACAAUAUAAAAAAUUUUUUGUUAUUUUGCUAUGAAAAUGUAUUUAAUUUUAAACUUUUCUACCUAUAAAAAAUUGGCAUGUAUUUAUUAAUCAGUGCCAUACCAACUGUAUGGUCAACUGAACUAAAAAAGUUACAAGUGAUAGAAAUUUUGAUAUCUUGUAAAUAAUGAACACAGAUCAUCAGACAUAUAUGUAUUUUAAAAAUUGUUACCAAGUAAGCAUAAUCUGUACUGUUUGUUAUUAUCAAUAAACGCUGUAUUCUUA